AAGUUAGUCAGCGCUGAACUUUGGAGGAGUACGAUCGGCUACUUUGCGGCCAGAUACUCCAGAUAGAAGGGGAAGUGGUGGCACAAUUACUAAAGCCAGUCUACAAAUUGGCGUCGAGCAAAGUUCACAAAGCCUCUGAGCGGGAUGGGAACCUUGACCCUCAGCGACAGCGAGGCUGUGAAAAUCGCCGUGCCUUGGGGCCACAUAGCGGGCCGCUGGUAUGGCAACCGAACUGAGCGGCCCAUCCUGGCGAUCCACGGGUGGCUGGACAAUCUGGGCACCUUUGAUAGACUGAUUCCCUUGCUGCCCGACUACCUCGGAGUUCUGUGCAUCGACCUGCCGGGCUAUGGCAGAUCCUCUCACCUGCCGCCGGGAAUGCACUACAGCAUUGAUGACUAUGUAUUGUUGGUGCCCCUGGUAAUGAAGGAGUACGGGUGGACCAAGGUGUCUCUGAUGGGCCACUCCCUGGGCGGCAUCAUAAGCUUUAUCUAUACGGCCCUGGCUCCGCACACCGUCGACCUGGUCAUAUCACUGGACAUUCUGCUGCCCAAAGUGAUGAAGAGCCCCCGACACAAGCUGGAGUAUGUUUCUGAGGGCUUCGAGAAGCAUCUGGUGGAGGAGGAGCGUCAGGACGAGGCUAACCUGCACGAGCCGCCCUCCUACUCGCUGCCCCGGCUACGCAACGUCCUCGCCAAAGGAAGCUAUAAUUCGGUUGCCCCCGAGUUCGCGCAGCACCUCUUGUACCGACAGGUGACCAAGUCGCAGCUGUAUCCGGACCAGUUCUACUUCUCGAGGGACGGACGGGUGAAGUUCUACCACACCACGGAGAUCGACAAUGGACUGGCCGCGGAAAUGGCGGGCCGGAUACGGAAAAAACCCUACAUGGUGAUUAAAGGCGGAGCUUCGCCCUUUGUGGAGGCGCGCAACUUUCCAAUUUUCGACAUUCUGCGAAAGAACAACCCCCACUUUGAGUUCCACGAGGUGGAAGGCGGCACCCAUCACCUGCACCUCCACGCCGCCGAGGAGUGCGCCCGGCAUAUAGUGCCCUUCCUGCGCCACCACCGGCCCCCGCCUCUGUCCUCGUGGUCUUUGAACGGAAAGGAGGUGCAGAUCAGUGCCAGGCAGCGGAGAAUGGAGCAGGAGAGGUUUUUCGAACGAAGGAAGAUAAGCAAACUGUGAUUCAUUUAUGUAGCUGCCACUUUCCGAACCAAUAUGUAUUAAAAUAAUCAAGCUGUGCUUGAAAUUUAAACUUUAAA